AUGGGCUGCUACGAAGUCAGCCUUGGAGAUACUUUGGGUGUCGGAACACCACCAGACGUUCGACGGCUACUUGAAUAUCUCAAGAUCCAGAACAUACAUACCGAGAGAUUAGCUGGCCACUUCCACGAUACCUACGGGCAAGCUCUAGCCAAUGUGUGGACGGCGUAUGAAUGCGGUCUGCGAACCUUUGAUAGCAGCGUUGGCGGUUUAGGCGGUUGUCCUUUUGCACCAGGUGCCAAGGGAAAUGUGGCCACGGAAGAUGUUGUAUACUUGUUUCAACAGGCUGGUAUCGAUACCGGUGUAGACCUCCAGCAAGUAGUUGACAUUGGGGUUUGGAUCUCCCAGGCCCUAGCGAAACCCAACGAUAGCCGGGCUGGAGCGGCUCUCGCCAGCAAAUCAAAGAUCUCAUCGACCAAAUCAUCUUCGAAGAUCACCGAUCGACGAAAGGAGGCGUUGGGGUGGUCAGUCUUGCAACAGUCUGACAACAUUGUGGUUCGGGGGGCCGGGGCGAACGGUAAUAUCGUUCUCAACAAGCCCCGAAACGGCAAUACCCUCACUUUUCCGAUGAUUUCCGAGAUCAUCCAGGCAUUCAAGUCAUUUGAGAGCGACGCCUCAAUAUCUCGUAUUCUUAUCAGCGCAAAUGGCAAAUUCUUCUGCACUGGGAUGGACCUGAGCCAGGCUGCACAGGCAGUCGGCCGGGGCGGUGACGCAAGUUCGAAGCUGUUCCAGGCAUUGACAGACUUAUUCGAGCUCAUCGACAAAUCUCCAAAAGUCACAAUUGCCUGCAUACAAGGACCGGCUUUUGGCGGUGGCAUUGGAUUAGCAUUUGCUUGCGACAUUAGGAUUUCCAUCAGCUCGGCAAGCUUCACAUUGUCUGAGGCCAAACUUGGCAUGUGUCCUGCCGUAAUUUCGAAAUACGUCAUCAGGGAAUGGGGAUUUGGACUCUCGAGGGAAGCCAUGCUCACUGCGCGAUCUCUGACAGCUUCCGAGCUGAAGUCUGCUGGCGCCAUCUCGAUGGUUGCUGAGACGCCUUCGGAACUGGACAUCAUAACGAAAACUCUCCUCGCGCAACUUCGACACUCGUCGCCCGGGGGUUCAAGCAUGUCGAAAGAAUUAACGGACCUUCUACAGAGAAUCUCUAUGAUUGAAAGCAAAUUGGCUCAGUUGAGCGACCGCGAAUCUCAAGAAUUCAGUUCCGCCGCUUUUAACGAGGCCAAUCUGCCUAUGGAAGACCACAAUACUGUGGAAGAGCAGCCUCAAUUCCAAUUAAAUGAGCAAGAAGAUGUUUUAGGCGUUCCUGAUUUGGUCAACCAAUCAUCACCCAACAUCUCAACUACCUGGCGUUCAGGGAGCUCGCAGUCUCAAACAUUCAGUACAUUUCCGCCGGAUUCGGUAACGCAGUCGCUGGUCGACACUUUCUUUCAAUGGUGUCAUAACCAGCCAUAUUCUUACUUCCACGAAGGAAGCUUCCGGCAGAAACUUGCGGAUGGCCAGCUUUCGAAAUGCGUGCUUCUGGCUGUUUUAGCAUCUUCCUUGAGGUUUUCAGAACACGAAUACUAUCGAGAUAACAGAUCCAAUGCCAUUGAGGCAUAUGCAAGAGAAGCAUGGUUAUCCGUUUUGGGCGACCACAUGACGGUGGAAGAUUCUUGCAACCUCGAGGUCGCCCAAGCCACCAAUAUCCUGGCCAUCAUUGACUUUACUGCCGGCCGAACCAGCUCCGCGUGGCUCAAGAUUGGGAUGGCGAUUCGGAUAGCCCAGGAUCUCCAACUCAUGAAGGAGCCCAGCGAAACUCUUCCCCUGGUGGAGCAAGAAGAAAGGCGGAGAUCCUUCUGGUCAAUCUACCUUCUCGACAAACUAGUAUCCCUCGGCAAGCACAGACAUUUCGCCAUCUUGGACGAGGACUGCCAUGUGCGACUACCUUGCGACGAGUUGACGUUUCGUUCUGGUGGAUGGGGCCAGAAUGUGACGCUGCGUCAGCUUCUCGAUUGGAGCACCGAUGUAGGCGUUGAGAGUGGAUUCCCAGUUGCCAUCUUGGCAUCAUCAGUACUCGCGCGCUGUACUCGAAGGCUUCUUCACGACCGCAACACCGACGAUACUCCCCCAUGGGACUCGAAGUCGGAGUUCGCAUCAAUCACAUCCCUCCUUCUCCUCGUCGAAUCCCGCCUUCAGGUCGAUCAACAUCCCAUCAAGAGUGUUGUCGAUACUUACAGGCUUGAUGAUGGUAUCAUAGAUCACCCUGCUAUGGGUCAUGUCAUCUUCGCACGCACAGUAUUCCAUGUUUGCUACUGCCUUCUGUACCAUCCGUUCCUUGUGCGAGAGCAAAUUCGGAAGGUCAAGUGUCAGGUUCCAUCAAGUUUUAUGCGCCUCGCCUCACAGAAAAGCUACGAACAUGCCCGGGAUCUGGUCAAUUUGCUGCACGAUGCAGAAGCAGUAGGGUGCCAUCUAGGUGCUUCGUUUUACGCAUAUUCAGUGUGCCUAGCUGGUAGCAUUCUCUCGCUUCACAUGCACGCCGAGAAGGAUACCGAGAGCCAGCGUUACUUGGAACUACUGAGUGCAACCCAAGACAGCAUAUCAAUACUUGAAGGAAUGGCAAAGUUUUGGGAUCAUGCGUCCAAAAUUCACCAUCGGCUGCUGACUUUCAAUUCGAACGCUUAUCUUUUCGAUUCACUCCUUGACUCGCAGCUAAAAUCAGUCAUGGAUCCAGGAUGGGAAAGAUCCCUCUGGUCGAUGGUCGACUACGGGGAGAUGUGCCGCGAAUCAAAUCUAUCUAUCCCAAGUCCGAAAAUACCAGCGCCUUCAGAUUCUCCAAGCUUUCCAGACCUCGGACUAGAAAGUGAACAGAUGUUGGACAUGGGACUUGGUGUACAACAAAUAUCACAGAUCGACGACAACCUGAUGAAUUUUGAUACUCCUAACAUUAAGUAUCUCCUUGAGCUGGCUUCUGGAGGAGGUUAGCGG